AUGUCUGAAUUUGGGCCUGCUUCCAGUGGGUCGGGCGAAGACUUGUCGUUGCCCAAGGCCACUGUUCAAAAAAUCAUUGGUGAAGUGUUACCGAAGGAUAUCGCCAUUUCCAAGGAAGCGAGAGAAGCCAUCACAGAAUGCAGCAUAGAGUUUAUUAUGAUCUUAUCCACACAGCUGAACGAUAUUGCCGAAAAGGAGGCUAAAAAGACUAUUGCAUCGGACCAUGUUAUCAAAGCUUUGGAAGAGCUUGGGUUCCACAACUACCUUGAUAUUAUCAACAAGGUUUUAAGCGAACACAAGGAGCUUUUGAAGGGCAAGGAAAAAAAGAACAACAAGUUCCUCAACUCGGGCUUGAGCGAAGAAGAGUUGUUGAGGCAACAGGAAGAGUUGUUCAAAAAGUCACGCGCUCGGUUACAGAGUGGUGGGUCUGGCUCCUCCGAGAUCAAACAGGAGAUUUAA